CACAUAGCUAUCUAUUUAGUAGCCCAACCUAAGUUGAAUACAAAGUGAGCCUUUUUUCCCCUCUCUCGCUCUUUGAUUCUAAACAUGAUGUUGUCUGAAUCCCAAUAUUCUGUUGAGCUUUACACGUUGGACAUUUCUCAGCCAUUGAAACCAUCUUCUCUGUCUUCUCUAGCAGAAGCUUGCAGAGCUUGGGGUUUUUUCUACAUCACCAACCAUGGUAUUUCCAAUGAUCUUUUUAACAAGCUAUUUUCGAUCUCAAAACAGCUCUUUAGCCUCCCUUCUGAAACUAAACUCAAACUUGGUCCUUUCUCUUCUAGAAAGACUUACACUCCUCCUUUCAUAGCCUCUCCAUUCUUUGAAAGCCUCAGAGUUUCUGGUCCUGAUUUUCUUGCCUCUGCUCAAUCUUCUGCUGAUAUUCUUUUCCACGGAGAGAAUUCUCAAUCAUUCAGUGAGAUAUUGCAAGAAUAUGGGAGCAAAAUGGCACAACUGUCAAAGAAAAUUGUGGAAAUCCUGUUGAUGAGUUUAGGAGAUGGUUUUGAGAAGAAAUAUGAAUCAGAAUUCAAGAACUGCCAUGGAUAUUUGAGGAUAAAUAACUAUUUACCUCCAGAGCGAUUUGAAGAUGGUGAACAAGUAGAAGGUCUUGGAAUACACACAGAUAUGAGCUGUGUAACGAUUGUUUAUCAACUCGACGAAACAGGAGGUCUCCAAGUGAAAUCAAAGGAAGGGAGUUGGAUGGAAAUAAGUCCAUGUGAAGGCAGUACUGGCUUGGUGGUGAAUGUAGGAGAUAUGCUGCAAGCUUGGAGCAAUGAUAAGUUGAGGUCAUCAGAGCAUAGAGUGGUUCUGAAGCAACCGAAAAAUCGAUAUUCGAAGGCUUUCUUUUGGUGUUUUGAAGAUGAGAAAGUGAUUUUGGCACCAGAAGAUGUGGUUGGAGAUGGAGAAAUGAGCAGGAUGUAUAAGCCUUUUGUCUGUUUGGACUACGUGAAAUUCAGAGAGAAUAACGAGAGUGGUAACUUUGAAAAAGUUGGGUUUACUGUAAAAGAUUUCUCUGGGAUCAAAUCUCAAAUGUUGUAAAGGGAUUGUUUGGUUCUCAAUGACAGGAAUUCAAGUUGGGUUUUUGGUUGUAAUUUUAUGAUUCUAGAGAGAGCCUUAUUUAUUUAUUUAUUUAUUUUUGUUAGUGGUUACAGGGAGAAAAAGUCGUACAGUAGUAUUAUAAGUCUAAAGCAUUGUGCUACAUAAACUAUUCUUGUGUUGUUUAUUGACUGAAUUAAGAGAUAAUAUAUAAUUGCUUAAAGCAAGAAAAAGAAUUAAGGUGCA